AAAAAGAGUGGAGUACUGGUCCCCCCCACUUACUUAUUUUUGGGCGGGGUUUUUUUUUCUUUUUCUCUCUUUUUUUAUAAAAUUAACAAUAUGCAAUUCGGUUUAAAUCUUCAGAAAAAAAAGACAGCUACAACACCUUUACGCCGCCGUAAUGCCUUUGGCGAUGAAAGUAGUGAAGAAGAAGAGGAAGAAAAGAAGAACAAGGGUCAAAAGGCCAAGACACUCGUGAACAGACAACUUUCGAAUUACAAUACCAUGACCAAGAAAAUCGCCCAAGAACAAGCGAAAGCGCUAGAACAAGAUCCCUCUAUUUUUGAUUAUGACGCCGUCUAUGACGAUCUGAAAGAGGCCGAAAAAAAAAAGAAAGACGCUGUGAAACCUACCGAUAAAAAAGCAAAAUAUAUCAGUGGAUUAUUGGAAAUGGCUGAAAUUAGAAAGCGCGAUCGAGUCCUUGCCGAAGAAAAGAAGGUGGCAAGAGAGAGAGAAGAGGAAGGUGACGCAUUUGCUGGUAAGGACGUUUAUGAGACGGCAUCUUUCAAGAAACAAAAGGCGGAAUUAGAACGUAUUGAAAGAGAGGAAAAGGAACGUGAAAGAGUGGCUGAUAAAACAAGAGGCAUGGAUUCAUUUUAUAAGGGGGUGCUUGAGAAAAAGGAAGCAGAACAUCAAGCGUUGAUGAAACACAUGGCCGAUAAGAAGAAAGACAAAAGAAGCUCUUCUUCAACUGAAAAGAGUCCAACUGUGAUGACAGACGACAAACUCGUGCAAUUGGCAGAAAAGGAAGGCAAGGAUGUGAUGUUGAACGAUAACAAUGAGAUUGUGGAUAAGAGACAACUCUUGGGUGCUGGUUUAAAUAUCAAACCCAAGUUUGGUACACUGGGAUCACUUGCUUCUUCAGAUGAUCGUAUUAAGGAAAGAAUGAAUGAAUACGAAGAAUACAAACGCAAGAAGGUGGAAGAGUACGACUCCAAGAGAAGAAGUGGAAAGAACAGUGAUGAACGUGAACGUAUGAGUAAAGAAAUGGAAAGACAAUUGAUCGAAACCAAGAAAAAGGAGGCUCAAGAAGAAGAAAGAAAACGUCAAGAAUUCGAGCAGAAAGUCGCUGCAAAACGUACUACAGAGGAUGUUGCUAUGAGUGCAAGGGAUCGUUACAUGGCAAGAAAGAAACAAAAAUUAGAAGAAAAACAAGAGAAAAAAAAAUAAAAAAAAAAAAAAA